CUUCCUUUCACCAAAAACCUUCAACAGCUGUUCAUACCAACAACCCUCAAUCAUCACCAUUCCCUCCGAUUUACUCUCUCUUUUCCCUUUCAUGUAAGUGUCUCUUUCUCUCUGAUUUUGCGAUUUCUUUGAUGGAUUUUGGAGAAAUUUGUGGGAUUCCAAAUGGACUCUGUUUUCUUCAGAUUCUCGAUUUUUUAUUCGCUUUGUCUUGUGAUGGAUUCGUAUGUUAUUGAUCUGUUGUUUUGUUGAUUCGAUUCGUGUGGAGAAGUGAUGAAUUCUUUUGAUGAGAUUUCUGAGUUACAAUACGAUAUGUUUUCGAGGAACAUGGAUGAUUCUGAGUCUUCUAGGGUUCUUGAAAUUUAUGUUCAUCAUGCUAGGAACAUUCACAAUAUAUGCAUAUAUGAAAACCAGGAUGUUUAUGCAAAGUUUUCCCUCACUUAUAAUCCUGACCAGACCUUGUCCACUAGAGUCGUUCAGGGAGGUGGGAAGAAUCCUGAUUUCAAUGAGAAUUUGAGGAUGAAAAUCACUCAGUUUGACUCUGUUCUCAAAUGUGAGAUUUGGAUGCUUAGUAAGGCUAGAACCUACUUGGAAGAUCAGCUUUUGGGGUUUGCUUUGGUCCCUCUUUCACAAGUUCUUUGUAAAGGGAAAGUGACUGAGAAUUAUAGUCUCUCUUCCACGGAUCUAUUCCAUUCCCCUGCUGGGACGGUACGGUUGAGUCUGUCUUUGGAUAAAUCGUUGCCUGUUGAUGAGUCAAAUUCGAUAACGGAUGUGCCUGUAUGUUCGUCGAUAUCUUCAGAAGUUGUGUUGUUGGAUCCAGCAGAAUAUUCUAGGAUCGAAUUCCCUGAUGUUAAUGUGGUGAUGGAGAAUAAACAAAUGGUGUCUGAGUACUUUGAUUUGGCUAGAAAUAGUUCUCGUUUGAGACCUGGAAUUUCCACGUUUCUUCGUCUCGGUGUGUCGCCUCCCCAACCAGCCUAUGACUUUGAAAUGACUGCAAAUUCUUCUAAAGAACACCCAGCUGGAUCAGUUUCACCAAACAACAGCAGCAUUCAAAACUCUAGCUUCUUAAGCUCCACGACGACGAGUUUGAGUGAUGAUAGAAACUCUGCUGAUUCUGUCGAAAAGAAAGCACGUUUGUCAGGUGCAUUGUUGAAUUCUUUCGAUACUUUUGCCGUUACUACCGAGGCUGGAAAUCGAGUCUCUGGUCCUUGUCCGGACACUUCAAUUUCAAGGAAGAGCGGCGGGGCAGCAGAGGAAAAUGAAUCAAAAUUUUCAAACAAGGAAGACAAGAUUAACAUAAAAAAGGAAGGAAAUAUCCCUUCUGUUCAAUAUGGUCGGGUGCUUUCAGCUCCAUUAGGGAACAUUAAUCUUGAAACUGAGCAGUCUGCAAUGCAGCAGCAAAUUGUGGACAUGUACAUGAAGAGUAGGCAGCCGUUUACAGAUUCUUUGGCAAAUAUGAAACUUCCAAUGGAUCUCAAUAAGCCCGAGAAUGAACACCAAGGUGUUGUGAUUCAAAACCACGAUACGAAACCAGAAACCGAUCAAAAGAAAAAGGACGGAUCCCGAGUUUUUUAUGGUAGCAGGGCGUUCUUCUGAUAAUCAUAGGUGGUGCAAAUUUGACACUUCUAUCAGGGUAUCGGGAGCUAUUCAAACUUCCCUGGCUUCACAUCAAAUGGUAUUUAUAACUAAUCUCCUAUACUAUUUUUUUAAUCUUUUUAGCAUGCAACUCUCCUUAAAGAGAGUAUUAGUUCUUAAUAUCUGUUCUAAAUCAUCUGUCAUAGUCUUGGCUACGAUGUGUUAUGAGUUACUUUUCGCAGAAUGUAUAGAGUUUUUCAUGGUGAUUGUAUCCAAACAAGCUGUACUAACACUGUGUGAGUAUUGUUAUUAAUUUGUAAGUAGCUUCGUUGCUAGGAUCGAAAAAUGCAUACCCAUCCAAACAUGGCUAUCUUGGUUGUAGUGAGACCUAAAACUUGACAUUAAAUUUCCGUUUUUUUUUCUUU